UCGCCAGGCGGUCCAGCCUCCGCAGGAGCCCGGCUAACCUGGCGCUGGUAACGGGCUCGCAGGGGGUUAACCGGAGCUGGCGCUGAGCGCAGAGGCGGAGACGCGCUCCCAUUGGUGGAAAGUUGUGCAGGGGCGUGGUCUGUGAGGCCCGCAUCCCCCCCGCCCCUCCACUUUGUACCUUUCUGGCGGCCGGAGCGAAGUGGGCCGGGCCGAACCAGACCAGACCGGACCGCGGGGGGCGAUGCGGCUGCUGCCCCUGCUGCAGGCUGUCCUCUGGGCCGCGCUGCUCGGCUCCCCGCUGCACGGGGGCUCCGGCCUCCGCCACGACUUCUACUGGAACUCCAGCAACCCCAGGCUGCUUCGAGGAGACGCUGUGGUGGAGCUGGGCCUCAACGACUACCUGGACAUCUUCUGCCCGCACUAUGAGGGCCCGGGGCCUCCCGAGGGCCCUGAGACCUUUGCUUUGUACAUGGUGGACUGGUCGGGCUAUGAGGCCUGCCAGGCACAAGGGCCAGGCGCCUUCAAGCGCUGGGAGUGCUCCCUCCCCUUCGCUCCCUUUGGCCCUGUUAAAUUCUCGGAGAAGAUUCAGCGCUUCACACCCUUCUCCCUUGGCUUCGAAUUUUUGCCUGGAGAGACCUACUACUACAUCUCGGUGCCGACGCCCGGGAGUUCUGGCCAGUGUCUGAGGCUCCAGGUGUCUGUCUGCUGCAAGGAGAGCAAGCCUGAGUCAGCUCAUCCUGUUGGGAGCCCUGGAGAGAGUGGCACAUCGGGGUGGCAAGGCGGGGGCACCCCCAGCCCCCUCUGUCUCUUGCCGCUGCUGCUGCUCCCAAUCCUUCGUCUCCUGCGAGUUCUCUGAGCCGAGUGGAACUUCCUGCCACCCCAGGAGCCAGAGCCCCCCCAAGACGCCCUGGAGCAGGAGCCCCUGCCGCCUGAGCUAGGAGUGCCACGCCCGCCCGACAGACAAGGUGGAGGCGUGAGGAGGGAAGCCAGAGGGUCCGAGGCGACCCCUGCGGUGCUGGCCCCUCGUCCCAGGCUGAAGAGGAGCCACGGGGGAGCUGCUGGCCGCCUUGGGCAUCUGGAACCAAGGCCAGCUAAGCCCAGGUCUCCCCAGCUGCUUUGAGGGCCUUGCCAUCUCCCAGGAAGACUGGAAUUUGGUGGGAUUGAAGCCUUGGGCCUGCUGGGGGCCAAGACGAAGAGCUGGGGCAGGUGGACUGAAGGACCAGGGCAAGGAAGCCGCCCAGACCUGCCAUCUGUGCCCAGUGCCCCGUGGACCCUGCCCGAGGGCAGCGCCUUUCCCUUCCAGGGGGCCACUCACUCGUCUUCCGUGAAGACAGACUUGCCACGAGGCUGAAUUUCAUACCAGUUUGUAUUUUUAUAAGUUUCUGGACCAAACCCUCAAUAAACCACCCAUCUUUUUUGUUGCUCUCCUCAACCUUCUGCCCCCUGGCCC